AUGAGCUCAUUGAGCACUUCGAACAGUGCCGCCCCUUCGGCUGCAAUGGACGCCCCGCCGCCCUACGAGCUGCACUCGUCAGGUAGUGUCCUGGCCAGCUCGGCGGCUAUACAAGCGGAUGGCUCGAUAAAAAUAGGUUUCUCUUCGCCCGAUCCCAAGGCUGUUACGCAACUGCUGCCAGCUUUACCCUUAUCUCAGCCUGUUCCGCAGACAGUUUCGCACGAGACUUGUCCCGCCUUGAACAUCGUCAUACAUGUAGUAGGAAGCCGAGGCGACGUGCAGCCGUUCAUUGCGUAUGGGGUCGCUCUUCAGCGCCAGGGACAUCGAGUCCGUAUUGCAACCCACAAUGUCUUUGAGCGAUUCGUGAGGGACUCGGGACUGGAAUUCUAUCCGAUUGGUGGAGACCCUUCAGAUCUCAUGGCUUACAUGGUCAAGAACCCAGGCUUGAUCCCUUCUCUGGAGUCCCUUCGAGGCGGCGAUGUUGGUCGGAAGCGAGCCAUGAUCAAAGAAAUGCUGCACGGAUUUUGGUUGUCGUGUAUUGACGCGGACCUCGUCUCCGAAGCGCCGUUCGUCGCCGAUGCGAUAGUCGCUAACCCGCCCAGCUUCGCUCACGUUCACUGCGCGCAGGCCCUUGGGAUACCCGUUCAUAUCAUGUUUACCAUGCCUUGGACUGCCACCAGGGCGUUCCCUCAUCCGUUGGCAAAUAUGAGACAGAACGAUCUGGAACCGGCGGCUGCGAACUGGUUGAGCUAUGGAGUAGUGGGAUUAAUGACUUGGCAGGGGCUCGGCGACGUGAUCAACACCUGGAGAAAGCAUGAGCUCAGUUUAGAAGAAAUUCCAGCUUCUAUGGGCCCGUCGCUCGUGGAGUAUCUGCAGGUGCCACACACAUACUGUUGGUCCCCUGCCUUGGUGGCCAAACCUGCUGAUUGGGGUCCCGAGAUAGAUGUUUGUGGAUUUUUCAUGCGCGACGAACCCCAGUACACUGCGCCAGCUGACCUAGACACUUUCCUUGCGUCGGGUCCUCCUCCGUUGUAUGUAGGUUUUGGAAGCAUCGUCCUCGAUGACCUUGAACGCCUCACCAAUGUCAUUUUGGAGGCCACUCGCAAAUGCGGCGUUCGGGUGAUCAUAUCUCGGGGCUGGAGCAAAUUAGGGGGCGGCUCGCCCAACUCCAACACCACCUUCUACCUGGACGAUUGUCCCCAUGAGUGGCUCUUUAAGAGAGUUUCCGCCGUGGUACAUCACGGUGGCGCUGGCACCACAGCUUGUGGUCUAGUGAAUGCACGCCCGACUAUAAUCGUCCCCUUCUUUGGCGAUCAACCUUUCUGGGCAGAUGUCGUAGCAAAUGCGGGAGCUGGACCGCGGCCAAUCCCACAAAAAGAACUGACUGUUGAGCGUCUCGUCGAAGCCAUUGAGUUUGCAACCUCCACCGCUGCGAAGAAUGCGGCCGAGACGUUGGCCUUCAGAAUGAGACAGGAGAAAGGGGUAGAUACUGCUGUUUCCUCGUUCCAUCGCGGCCUCCCAAUGACGGGCAUGCGAUGCGAAAUCCUCCCUGAUCAGGUUGCUCGCUGGAUUCGGGAUACACGCGGAAAGCGUACCAGGAUGUCCGAUGCCGCAGUCGCGGUAUUGAUCGCGCAAAAGAAGAUUAAGAUCGAUGAACUGAAACCCCUACGGAGUAAAGAGUAUGAUACCGAUGUCCGCAGAUGGGAUCCACUGUCGGGAGGUGCAGCUUCUACCCUGGGAACCAUAACCGAUUUCACGAAGGCCCUCGGGGGUGUCUUCGUGGACCCUUUCACGUCGUACAAGCGCGUAAAAGGAGAAGGAAACGGUGCCUCGGCUGGCGGUGCCGCGCUGAAAGAAGUGGGCGUGGGAUUUGGAUCCAUGGCCGGGGCUCUCACAAAAGGGACGCUGGUGAACACACCGCUGGCGCUAGCUGAAGGUCUUAGGAACGUCCCUCGGCUAUACGGCGAGGAGGUGCAAGAUAAUGGGAAGGUUAAGGAUUGGCAAAGCGGUGGGAAAGUUGCUGCCAAGAACUUUGGGUCAGGAUUCUACAACGGCAUCACCGGCUUCGUCACACAACCAUAUAAGGGGGCCAAGGAAGAAGGCACUCUAGGCUUUCUGAAAGGAGCUGGCAAGGGUACCAUUGGGCUUAUCAUCAAACCAGGCGCAGCGAUGUUUGGUUUGAUGGCAUAUCCUGCCCAAGGUAUAUAUAAAUCGAUCAAGGCAGGGAAAGGUUCAGAACACUCCAUCUUGAAAUCCAAGUGCGCGAUGGUCGACAAACUCGUGUCACAUAGCGCAGAACAUAUGAGAGUCGACGAGGUUCUGAAGGUCUUUGGUAGUGUUUGA